AUGUCGCCGCUCGAAGUUGCCGCGACGGUUUCAGUCGACGAGGCUGCGCGGACUCUGCGUUGGAGUCCCUCGACGGGACACGAGCGUCAAGUCGAAUUAACGGACCUUGUGGGCGUUGUGCGCUCUCCGACCUCGUCCACAUCUGAAUAUCGCGUACUGUACAUCGACCGGAACUCGGCUAAUAAUAGCCCAAAUGAAACGCCGAGUUCCCUGUGUCAAAUUGAUAUAGCUUCCAUUCCUGAAGGUCUCUCUUCGCAUCUGCAAGAGAUUCCUCGCCAUCUGCGUCGGGACAAGCCCAUCCAGGUCAUCAUCUCGACUCGGAGCGGGACAGGCUCUGCGAAACAAGUCUUUCGCGACAACGUCGAACCUUUUUUACGCUACUUGGGACUGAAUUACGAGGCAAUUGAGACACAGUCCUCUCAGACUAUUCUUGAACUGGCCCGAUCGCGCUUUUUGGAGGAUGCCUGUGCUGGCGUUCCCCGAACGAUCAUCCUCCUGUCCGGCGACGGAGGACUCGUCGACUUGAUUGAUGUCUUUUCCAAAUCGCAAAGAGCAAUUCGAGCAAUGCCUGACAUAGCCCUGGUUCCCUGUGGUACUGGCAAUGCCAUGGCCAGCUCAAUCGGUCUACGAUCGGGCCCAGCCGGCGCUCUCCGCGCCUUGCUCUAUGGUCGUCCGACCUCCGUUCCGACCAUCGCGGUGAACUUCUCCCCCGGGGCCCAGCUGGUCAUAGACGAGGGCAGACAGCGCGCUCCCAUCAGCGAGUCUCCCGAACUCGGGUCUGACCAGACCAUGUAUGGUGCCGUUGUCGCGAGCUGGGGCCUUCACGCCGCCUUGGUCGCGGACAGCGACACGACUGAAUAUCGGAAAUUCGGCACCGAGAGAUUCAAGAUGGCCGCGAAAGAAUUACUUUAUCCUUCUGACGGCAGUAUGCCUCAUCGUUUCAGAGGCCGGAUUACAUUGACCAGCCCUGACCUCGACCCCAGUGCCAAUCCAAGUACGAGCGAAAGGAAAGGUCCACGCACCACCGACCCUCAUCAGCACACCUUACCCGAGACGGAGCACAUGUACGUGCUGACAACUCUUGUUCCACGCUUAGAAAAGGACUUUUUAAUCUCUCCGGCCUCGAAAGCGCUGGACGGGCGGAUGCGAUUUCUCCGAUUUGGACCUUUGUCCGGGGAUGAGGCGAUGCGUCUGACUAUGCUGGCGUAUCAAGGUGGGGCGCACGUGGCGGAUGAUUUAGUGACAUAUGAAGAGGUCGAUAGGGUGCGGAUCGAUUUUGAUGAAGAUUUAGAGCGAUGGCGACGCGUUUGCAUUGAUGGGAAGAUUGUCAUUGUUGAACAGGGCGGAUGGAUGGAGAUUCGGAUGGUGACGAGACGGGUUUUGAAUUUGAUCAAACCUGCCGAUGCCGUUGAAACUCCCGACCAAGGAAUCAGUGCCAAUAACGACACCGCGAGUGUACCCUACUUUACGACACUCGGUGGCUGGCAGCAGCCUAUCGAUCACAGGGUACCAACAGCCGAUAUGUUGUUGGUUCACCAGACUGGAAGCGUUCGCGUUGGAGAAGUUUUUCGAUACACUUUGACCUACACUCCCGCGGCCGACCCUAUCCUACCUAUCCCCUCCGAGCUUUACGUCAAGAUCAAGAAUACCUCUGCGAUUCCGCUUCGCGCCGCCUAUCUCCAUGGGCCGUACACGCUUUACACGGCUUGCUAUCCGUCCAAAUUUGAUCCAAAUGCCAAGUACAAUCACCAAGAUACCGAGGGUGUCCCCCAGUUUGAGCCCUACCUGAAGGCGGGCGGGAGUUGGGAUGCGAUGAUCAAGAUGCCGGCGCGCUUUGGGGACUCCCAUAACCUUGCGGCGGGUCAACUCGGCCAAGGGAGCGACCGGAGUAUGACUUGGGUCAUCGAGAUCGUAUCCCAGGUGAUCUUUUCGACUACCGCCGCGGUUCAUUUUGAAUUACUGGUGGCUCGCGAUGCCAACUCGAUCGAGUAUUUCUCAUCAGGAGGAUCAGCGUCGAACAGUCAUGGACCUCCCGGGAAACUGCAGGAUCACUGGAAGGAAGAGACUGCACGGGGCCACUCGGCGAUCGCAACCAAGGGAGUCUACUCCAAGUCGACGACUCUGCGCGUUGACGAUACGAGUAGCCUGUGGAACACGCCGCCGCUGCCGUCCUGGGCGUCUGAACGGGCGGAUGGCCCGCCCGAACGAGCUGACAGAAUCUCAAAGGAUGAGGUACCCGGGACAACGACCGAACAGUCCAAGGGUAAAUCUGAAAGGAAGAAGAAGAAGAUUCAUUUGGUCGUCAUCACUCACGGGCUGCACAGCAACCUCGGUGCAGACAUGCUCUAUAUGAAAGAAAGUAUCGACGCCGCGGCUGCGAAAAGAAAGAAAGUCACCCAGGAAGAAAGGCAAAAAAGGACCAGGAACGGCGCUGUCACCGGCAGUGCCAGUGGAGAUGAGGGAAGCGGCGACGAUGACGAUGAGGAAAUCAUCGUGCGAGGAUUCUCAGGCAAUGCUGCCCGCACGGAACGAGGAAUCCAGUAUCUCGGCAAACGAUUGGCCAAGUACAUUCUUUUGAUGACCUAUCCAGAUCAACCAUAUUAUCCAUUGAAGCUCAACCGAGUCAACACUUUCACUCGUGCCUUCAGUUCUCGGCACGAGCAGGAUCAACAGACUAACAAUCCACAUCCAUCGUCGGACCAUCACCACCCGGAUUCGGAGAGCGACGACCAUGCCUACCAGAUCACAAGCAUCAGCUUCAUUGCUCAUUCCUUGGGUGGGCUGGUCCAGACCUACGCGAUUGCCUACAUCCAGAAACACUCCCCGGAGUUCUUCGAUCGGAUCCAGCCGGUCAACUUCAUUGCACUAGCCUCCCCAUUCUUGGGUCUCAGCAACGAGAACCCAAUGUAUGUCCGCUUUGCUCUCGAUCUUGGACUUGUGGGACGGACCGGACAGGACCUUGGGCUCAGUUGGACACCACCAAAGGUACGUAGCGGGUGGGGCGCCAUCAUUGGCGGCCGAGGGGAUUCAGGGCACGACCAGGGCCAUAACGACCCGGGAUCCAAACCCCUAUUGCGUAUUCUUCCGUGUGGCCCAGCACAUACGGCCCUGAAGAAGUUCUACCACCGCACAGUCUACUCCAAUGUCGUCAACGAUGGAAUCGUGCCGUUGCGGACCUCGUGUCUUCUCUUCCUUGACUGGCGUGGUCUCGGUCGAGUCGAGAAAGCCAGGCGAGGCAACGGCCUGGUCGGUACGAUGGCGGAAUGGGGAUGGGCCGAGCUGACCGGCGCUAACUCCAAGUCACCUCGACUGGCGCGCCCAGACGACGUCCCCCGCUUGGGAGAAGUUCAAGAGGCGACCAAGAACGGAUCGGUCGACGCUAGGAAAGAUACAAAAGCGGUGCGGGACGAAAAUUCAUCGCUCCGACAAGAAGAGCCAACGUCACCGAAACCGAGCCAAUUCCUGGCUAGGCGGAAGUCAUCUUUAUACAACGACAGUGCAGCCUCUGCAGGAAUGGACACAGAGAGCAGGAAUGGCGAAGAUGCCAAUCCCGGUCCCCUAGCCAGUCUUUUGGCCUUCUUCCGGCCGAAAGAGACGAAACGUCCUCGUUCGAAGAAUAAACAUGCCAAGAUCUAUAAACGAAGUCAGACUUUGGCCAACUUUGACUCUGACGAGUCGCCGUCACCCCGGGUUCGUGGCAACUCUCUCUACGAAGAAGAAGAUGUCGGCGUCAACACACCUCCCAAGACCACCUUCUUCGAGUCGGCAGGCGACCUGCUGAUGCCUCCUCUCCCGCCUCCCGACUUCAUUUUGGAUCCUGCUGCCCGUCCGCGAACGAUUUUCCACGACCGCGUCUACCACCCGGAAGAUAUCCCUGCUCCAUUACCCGCAAAGCGUCGCACUCUUUCAUUCAGUCCUACGCAUCCCAAGCAUGCUGCCACCGCGCCCGCCAAGACGACCAACAUCCCACCGACAUCCCCGUCGGGCUCAAGCACCAAGAGCAAUGAAAGUGGACUGAAAGUCGAGGAAAAGAUCGCCCGGGCAUACCACCGCGACCUGACCUGGCGCAAGGUUCUGGUUCGACUGGAACCCGACGCCCACAACAAUAUCAUCGUGCGUCGCAUGUUUACCAACGCCUACGGCUGGCCAGUGGUCAAGCACCUCGUUGACACUCAUUUCGGUCCCUCGUCACAAACCGAAGUGGACGACACCUUGAGGAGCCACGAUGAGCGGGCCAAGGCAUUGAACGUGGGGCCCACCAGCUCAGGCGAGGAGGUGGAAGAGCAAUCGGACGUCACGUCCGAGGCCGAUGGUGAAUCGAGCGAGCAUGACCCAAACCACGCGUCUGCCUCGAAUGAGGCUCUUCACCUCCGCGGCCUAGCAGAUGUAUUGCCCGGGAGUCAUCAAGCUCCGGAAAGGCUCCGGCUGCAGACCCAGUUGCCGUCGGACCUCGCCGACAUCUCUCGGCCGGAGUCGGCGCGCGAGACAGAUCAUCAGAGCGAUGAAGAUGAUAGCCACGAGUCCGGACUGGGUGUGGACGAGAUGCAUGCGGGAUUUCUUCCCUCGCCCGUAUCGCAACCCCCGUCUGAGGUCAAUCCAUUCCGUGGGUCGGCCGAAGCAUGA